AUGAAUAAUAAAAAGUCUAUACCUAAAAAUGAAAAAAAAUUAAAAAAAAAAAAAAAAGAAAUAGAAUAUAUUAAUAAAGAUGAUAAAUUAAGUGACACAUUAGUUUCAUAUAACUUAAAUGAAAUAUAUAAACCUGAGGAAAAGCUAAAUAAUCUAAAUGAGUGCAAACUAGAAAGAGGUACGACUUUCAGUGAAAGAAAAAUAGAAGUAGAAAAUAUGAAUUAUGAAAUAACAAGUGAUUCUAUCUUUAAUAAUGAAACUACUAAUGAAUACAUUAAAGUAGAAGAGAAACAUGAUAAUUUUAUCAAUUAUAAAGAAAAUGAUUAUAAAAGUACAAGUUAUAUAAAUGUUUCUACUAAAAAUGUAAAAAAUAAUAAAAGAGAAGAUACAAAAAAAAAUAAUAACAAAAUUUAUAAUUUAAAAAAUAUAAAAAAUGAAACAGCAGUGGAUAAACUUGAAAAACUAAAAGAUAUUUUAUAUGAUCAACUAAAGAAAAAAAAUAUAAUUUUAGAUGAAAAAUUGAGAAAUAAAAAAAAUGAAAAAUCUAAAUUAGAAGAGCUUGUAAAAAGAGGGGGAUUAGAGCUAUAUAGAAUAAAUAGGGAAAUUGAAAAUUUAGAAAAAAAGGAACAAGAAGUAAUACAUUCAUUACAAAACUUAUACUGCAAGAAAAAUAUGUAUCUAAAUGAAAAUGCAGAAUUAAAAAAAAGUUACAAUGAUGAAUUAAUGAAUUUAAAAAAAGAAUUAAAUUAUUAUGCAGAAAUAUAUAAUAAAUAUAAUAAUAGUCUUUUAGAACAAAAUAACCUAAAAAAAUAUCAUGAAUUUAUUAAUGAUAAUUCUAAAAUUAGUGAAAAUAUGCUUUCAUCAAACAAGAAAAUGAAAUUAAAAGAAUACAAAAUUGACAAAAAGGAAAAUAUUAUUAGCAAAUUGAAUCAUCAAAUUAAUGAAAUAAAAAACAACAUCGAUAUAAAAAAAGAUCUAUGCAAAAAUGAGGAAACAGAAAGUAAUCAUUUAGAAAAAUUAAUAAGUGAUGGAAAGCAUGAAUUAUUACUUUUAAAAAAUGAAAAAAAGAAUAUUGUUAAAAAAUUAAAUGAUUCUAUUAAUCAAAUGAAAAAAAGAGACGAAGCCAUUGAUGAAAUUAAUAAUAAAUUAAAUGAAUUGAAAUCAAAUAUUAACGAUUUAGAAAAAAAUAAUGAAAAAUUACAACAAGAGUAUAUAACAGAAAAAGAAAAAAAAGAAAAAAUUAAUAUGGAAUAUAAUAUAUUAAAGAAUGAUUUAAAAAAAUUAAAGACACAAAAAGAAGCUGUAGAAAAAAAUAUAAGUGAAAUUUCAAGUUAUAAUGAAAAGUUAAAAAUAGAAUUAAAUAAGGAAAAAAAAAGCUGUGGGGUUAUAUGUGACGAAAUAAAAAAUAUAAAUAAGGAAAUAAUGGAUAAAGAGAACUCAAUAAAGAUAAUAAAAAGUGAUAUUAGUAAAAAUAUUGAUAAAAUUAUAAAUAUUUACACUGAAGAAAUUAAAGUAAGCCAUUUUGCUUCUAAGAUAAAAAAUGAAGUUUCUUCUAUUAAAGAAAAUAUAAAUAAAAAGGAAAAUGAAAUAGAAAAUUACAAAAAUGCAAUUAUUAGAAUAAAAAUUCAGCAAAUUUUAGAAAGCACUAAAAUAGAAAAUAUGCAGAAAAAAAUGAGCAAAUUAGAAGAUGAAUUUAAUGAAAAAAAUAAUAUUUUAUUAAAUUACGACAACACAAUAAAAAAAAAUCAUUAUUUGAUAGAAAAAAAACAAGUAGAAGUAGAUAGAUUAAACGAAGAAUUUGAUAAAAAAAACAAAAAAAGUGAUGACUUUGGACAGCCUGUGACUUUAGAAAUAAAAAUACAAAAAUUAAAUAAACAAAUUUCACAUAUUUUAAAAGAAAGUAGAUUUCUAGAAAAACAGUGGUUUCUGAAACAAUCGGAAAUGGUAAAAAUACAAAAUGAAAAUGUUAAAAUAAAUGAUGAAAUAAUAAAAAGCAAAGAUUUAUGUGUAAUUUUUGAUCAAAAAAAAUGUGAGUUGCAAGAAAAUUUAAAAAAUAUACAUAAUAUAAUAAAAAAAUUAAAUAAUAAUAUAAUUUUUAUCCGAUUACAAUUAGAAAAAUUUGCAUAUAAGAAUAGUGAAACCUUAGAUAAAAUUAAAAAAAUGGAAGAUGAAAUUUUAAAAUGGAAUGAAAAUUUAAAUGUAAAGGCUGAAGGAGACAAAAAAAAGAAGGAAAACUUAAAAAUUGAAAUAGGUGAAUUGAAAAAAGAAAAAAUGCAAUGCCAACAAGACCUAUUAGAUUAUGAAAAUAAAAUUCUUAUUCUUGAAAGUAAAAUUAUAGAAGAAAAAAAGUUGCAGGGAAUAAUUAAAGAAUAUGUAGACAACAAGGAUAUUAUACAACUAAGAAAGCAAAUACAACAGAAAAAUGCAAUUAUAGAAAAUAUGAAAAAACAACAAAAUACUAUUUUAGCUAGCAUCAAAUUAGCUUUAAAUAAAAGAAAUGAUUUAGAUAGUAAGAAGGAAAUUUUUCAAAAAAAUUAUGAAAGUGGUGUUAAUAUCUCCUUUAAAAUGCAUCAUGAAAUUUCUUUAAUAAAAAAAAAUUUUAAAGUAACAAGAAAUAAAAAGGAGCAACUAAAUAAUCAUUUAAUGGAGAUAACAGAAAUAUAUAAUAAUUUAUUAAAAGAAGAAGAACGACAACAAUUAAACUUGAAAAAUCUAAAUGAAGAAUAUUCUAUAUUUGAUGGAAUUCUAAAAAUUCAAAAUUUUGAGAAAAAACAUCGUUUUCAAGAAUUAUUAAAAUUUCAGAAAGCUGUAAAAAAUCUGAAUUCACUUGAAAAUUUGAAAGUUCCUUAUUCUCAAAUAAGAGAAAGUUGUUCAACAUAUAAAAGAAAACUUCUAAUAAUUAGGAAAAAAUUAGAAAGUUUUAAAACAGAAAACGAAAAUUAUAUUAAAUGCAUUUCUGUAAUAUUAGAAUGGUUAAUUAAUUAA